CCUCAGGGCCAACGCUCCGCCCUGUCCCCGAGAGCCGGUGGCUGCGGCCGGCAGAGGGAGGCUCCGCCUCUGGUCCCCUCCCUCUGUCCUCCCUCCCUCCCUCCCUUCUUCCUUCCUUCCUUCCUUCCCUCUUUCUCGGUGCCGGGUUCCCGGGUGGGAUUCCCCCCCGCUGCCCCGAGCCUCCCCGGGCCAUGGCCGGCAACGUGAAGAAGGGCGCCGGGGCCGGGGGCAGCGGCGGCUCCGGGGGCUCGGGCUCGGGCGGCCUGAUCGGGCUCAUGAAGGACGCCUUCCAGCCGCACCACCACCACCACCACCUCAGCCCCCACCCGCCCGGAGCCGUGGACAAGAAGAUGGUGGAGAAGUGCUGGAAGCUCAUGGACAAGGUGGUGCGUUUAUGUCAGAAUCCAAAGCUGGCUCUAAAGAAUAGUCCACCUUACAUAUUAGACCUGCUACCAGAUACCUACCAGCAUCUUCGUACUAUCUUGUCAAGAUACGAAGGGAGAAUGGAGACACUUGGAGAAAAUGAAUAUUUCAGGGUAUUUAUGGAAAAUCUGAUGAAGAAAACUAAGCAGACCAUCAGCCUUUUUAAAGAAGGGAAAGAGAGAAUGUAUGAGGAGAAUUCUCAGCCUAGGCGAAAUUUGACCAAACUGUCUCUGAUCUUCAGCCACAUGUUGGCAGAACUAAAAGGGAUCUUUCCAAGUGGACUCUUCCAAGGAGAUACAUUCCGGAUAACCAAGGCAGAUGCUGCAGAAUUUUGGAGAAAAGCUUUUGGAGAAAAGACAAUAGUCCCCUGGAAAAGCUUUCGACAGGCACUUCAUGAAGUACAUCCCAUCAGCUCUGGACUAGAAGCCAUGGCCCUGAAAUCCACCAUUGAUCUGACAUGCAAUGAUUAUAUUUCAGUUUUCGAAUUUGAUAUCUUCACACGACUUUUUCAGCCUUGGUCAUCUUUGCUCAGGAAUUGGAAUAGCCUUGCUGUGACUCAUCCUGGUUAUAUGGCUUUUCUGACAUAUGAUGAAGUGAAAGCCCGGCUCCAGAAAUUCAUUCACAAGCCUGGCAGCUACAUUUUUCGACUGAGCUGUACAAGGCUGGGUCAGUGGGCCAUUGGGUAUGUCACUGCUGAUGGGAAUAUCCUCCAGACAAUCCCUCACAAUAAACCUCUCUUUCAAGCACUGAUUGAUGGCUUCAGGGAAGGCUUCUAUUUGUUUCCUGAUGGACGAAAUCAAAAUCCGGACCUGACAGGCUUAUGUGAGCCUACUCCUCAGGACCACAUUAAAGUUACCCAGGAACAAUAUGAAUUGUACUGUGAGAUGGGCUCCACCUUCCAGUUAUGUAAAAUAUGUGCUGAAAAUGACAAAGAUGUGAAGAUUGAACCUUGUGGCCACCUCAUGUGCACAUCCUGUCUUACCGCUUGGCAGGAAUCAGAAGGUCAAGGUUGUCCAUUCUGUCGGUGUGAAAUUAAAGGUACAGAGCCCAUCGUGGUGGAUCCGUUUGAUCCCAGAGGAGGGGGUGGCCUACUUAGGCAAGGAGCAGAGGGAGCUCCUUCACCAAAUUAUGAUGAUGAUGAUGAUGAAAGAGCUGAUGAUUCCCUUUUCAUGAUGAAGGAACUGGCCUGUGCCAAGGUUGAACGGCCUCCUUCUCCAUUCUCCAUGGCUCCACAAGCAUCUCUUCCUCCAGUUCCACCACGCCUGGAUCUUUUACAACAGCGAACAUCCAAUCCCUCAGGUGCUUCUAGUCCUGGAACUUCUUCUAAGACUACCCCUGGCUCCCUUCAUAAAGAUAAACCUUUACCAAUUCCUCCCACACUUCGAGAUCUUCCUCCACCACCACCUCCAGACAGACCACAUUCCAUUGGGGCAGAGAGUCGGCCUCAAAGACGCCCACUACCCUGUACACCAGGCGACUGUCCAUCCCGGGAUAAACUCCCCCCUGUUCCUUCUGGCCGCCCAGGAGAAUCAUGGCUUCCCCGGCCAAUACCCAAAGUACCUACAGCUACCCUAAGUCCUGGUGACCCCUGGUCUGGCAGAGAACUGACCAACCGGCACUCACUUCCCUUUUCACUGCCUUCUCAGAUGGAUCCUAGAACUGAUGGUCUUAGGCAUGGAAGUACUUUCAGCCUGGAUGCCCCAGUGAACAUGAACAAUAAUCCGUUAGUUGGGCCAGAAUGUGAGCACCCUAAAAUCAAGCCUUCCUCUUCUGCCAAUGCCAUUUAUUCUCUCGCUGCCAGACCUCUUCCUGUGCCAAAGCUGCCCCUUGGGGAGCAGUGUGGAAAUGAUGAGGACACAGAGUAUAUGUCUCCUUCUUCUCGGCCUUUGGUACUUCCUGUAGUCAACCUCCAAAAGAUAGAUGUGAAAAGACCUUUGGAGACAACCCACAGUUUACACGUAUUUGAUUCAGAGCAGCAGGUUGAUAGCUGUACCUAUGAGGCCAUGUACAACAUUCAGUCGCAGGCGACUUCUGGCCUAGAGAUCAGUACAUCGGUUGAGGGAGAUUUGGCUACAACUCUUGCCAGCAAUGGUCCUGAGGAAUCAGAGAAUGAAGACGAUGGAUAUGAUGUCCCCAAGCCUCCUGUGCCAGCAGUCCUGGCCCGUCGAACUCUUUCAGACAUCUCUAAUGCCAGCUCUUCUUUUAGCUGGAUGUCUUUAGAUGGUGAUCCCACAACAGGUUUUACUGAGGGUUCCCAAGUUCCUGAAAGGCCUCCAAAGCCUUUCCCUCGAAGGAUCAACUCAGAACGGAAAGCAGGAAGUUGUCAGCAAGCUGGUGCUGCUCCUUCCACCUCUCCUCAGUUAUCCAGUGAAAUCGAGAGUCUCAUGAGCCAGGGGUAUUCAUAUCAGGACAUUCAAAAAGCUUUGGUCAUUGCCCAUAACAAUAUCGAAAUGGCCAAAAACAUCCUCCGGGAGUUUGUUUCUAUUUCCUCCCCUGCCCAUGUAGCCACAUAGCACAUCACCUCCUUGCCUACAAUUUCAGUGGACCAGUGAGCUAGGCACCAUUCUUCAGGAGCACCCAAAAGGGCUAAAAGGUUUUUUUUGGAGACUUCAAACUGAAGUCUUGCCCUGUUUGGUGGUUGUCUCAUCCAUGGUUCAGGAUUUCAAAGCAGUGGAACAAAAACAGAGCAAGCAACUUGGAUGUUGUUUUGUUUUGUACUGUUCACUUUAUAGCGUGUGUUUGAAGGCAGUUUGCCUUCAGUUCCCAUUUAGAGAGAGCGUGCAUUUUUAUGAUGACAUGGUGGGGUGCAGCCCAGCCCCUUGGGCAGUCCAAGGGCAGCAGGACAAGUAUUGUGAGGGGGUGGAAACCAAUCUGAGGUCUUUUGAGUUUUCCAGCUUAGAUGGGUGGGUGUAACUUUGUACAUAUAUGUGUGUGUGUGUGUAUGUAUGUAUGUAUGUGUGUGUAUGUAUGUAUGUAUAUCCUGUGGUCAUAAGAUUAACCCCAGACAGGCCUUCAUUUCCUGGGGAUAGGCAUAAGAGGUUUAGGAAGGGAUAUUUUUGGUAACUUCCAUCUACUGUGGUAUUAUACCCCCAUCCUAUUGUGUAUUGCAAUUUCAGCUCUACCCCAGAUUAUCAUGUGUAUAGCUAAAGUUCUGUAUUUUUAAACUAUCUCCUUUUCUGUCAUUUGCUUUGCCUUCCAUGGUGCUUUGCCAUUGGCCAUGGACUGGUUAUGACUAACUUAAGUGAAGCCAGGGAGUUUAUGAGAUAUUCCGUUUUAUAUGUGGUUGUACUUGUUUAUUUUAUAGGUGUUGGGGGAGCAGUGGGGAGCAGAGAGAGUGGGAGAUAAAAUAUUGUUGCAUUAUCAUUACAGAUAUGUUUGAUGUUAGCAGCUAACACUGGUCACUCCGAAACACUUCUAUUCUGUUUCCAUAGGAAAACUGAAUUUAGUAAAGUGAGAUGUUUUAGCUAUCCUAAUUAAACCAUGGCUUAACUGACUUCAGAUACAUUCCGUAUCCUUCAGAAACUGGGAAUCAGUUGCCUUGGUACCAGAUGUGUGCUCUGAGAGAUACUUCUCUGCUUCAUGGGAAGGGAGCAUCAUAUCUAAGAUAACAAUUCAGAUACAGUGAAGCUUCCUGGAGCCUUAGGCCAUAUGCUAUUUACCUUGUAUAAAGAAUGAAAAAGGCAGAAUACGUAUAAGCAUUCAUCAGUCUGGCUCUCCUUUCUCCUAAGUUUCUCUUAGCCUUUGUGGAUGCCCUCCCUCUGCAAGGGCCAAAUUAUUGUUUUCAGAAAUCUUCCUUUUUGUCUUCCCAAAAAUACGGAGUACUUUUGUUGUUGUUAGCUCCUUGCUUAGGUUUAGGUUGGUGCUCUCCCUAGGCUUAGAGACUGAAUCUUGUGUGAUUAUAGCAUUAGAGAAUAUAGCCUCUCGUUCCCUGUCUGCCCCAUUUUUAGCUUUUGUACCCCUUCACAGAGUAAAUUGCUGUAGCUAGGGAGUAGACCCCAGAUCCUCUCAAGAAGGAUAGAGAAGCUUCCUUUUGCACACAAAUCUCACAUUCAGGAAUCAGAAGUGGGUAGGAAGGAAGCAGAAUUUGUCCUAGUGAAAUAUCAUCUAUUACUUGGGAUCACUGUAGAGCUUCACCCACUUGAGACCAGACCUAACUGCCUUUACAUAGACAUUGAACCUCGGAGGACGAAUUACAGAACAUAUCCCAGCAAUUUCUCUGUGCACUGCUAGAAUCUAAUAUUGGAAUUCUUCCUUGUCUAGAGCUGUUGUGGGGCUUUGUGCUUCCAAAUAUAUAAUAUUUAUCUGUUACACAUACUACCUUUUAAGUGAAUACAAGGUUUUCCUCUCUAUGGAUCUCUGUUCUGCUUAUAUAGAAUAUAGUUGCUUCCCUUUUUGAUUUAUAAAAAACUCAGUCCAAAGCCUUACAUGAGGUUGUGUGUUUUGGAAUAUGUUAUAUAUUAUAGUGAUCCUGGGAUAACAGACAUUUGUCAAAUGCCUCUCAACAUUUAUUUUUUCUCUCUCUACAACCUCCCCUCUCCUUCAAAGAAAAAAAUUAAAAAUAAAAACAAAACCCUUCUAACAAAUAAGCAUAGUCAAGCAAAACAAAUUCUCAUAUUGACCAUGUCUAGAAUGUUAAUCCACCUCCCUUCUUUCAGAAUGUGAAUAGCAUUCUUCAUCAUUAGUCUUUUGGAAUAAUGAUUGCUCAGACAGUGUUGAUCAGAGUUCUUAAAUCUUUCAAAAUUUUUUGUUUUUACAGUAUUGAUGUUCAGAGAGUAAUUGUUCUCAUUUCACUCUACAUCACAGUCCAUACAGAUUUCCCCAGGUCACGCUGAAGCCAUCUCUUCAAUUCUGUAAAACAAAAGUAUUCCAGUACAUUCAAUAUGCCAUAAUUUAUUCAGUCAUUUCCCAGUUGAUGGGCACUCCCUUAGUAAAUGACUCUUAACAUUCAAGGAUCCAAAUCAAUUUAUCUGAGAAUUUUUCUCUUUGACCAUUUGGUCUAAGAGGCUUUGAUUUCAAUUGUGGUAAAAUUUUAGGAAAACUGGUGAAUCCUCAAAAGGUUUUCACCUGUUUUUUUUACUUGGGACAGUUCCCAAUGUUUGAUCUAUGACUUUUUCCCCUUGAGCACAAACCAGUGCCAGGUUAUCAGUCUAAGUUUGUUGAUUACCAACUCCUACCUUGUCUGUACUCACAGAAAAUGGAUACAUAAUCAUAGGAUCUCAUAGCUGGAAGGAGCCUCAGAGGCCAUUCAGGCUAGUCUAUACCUGAAGCAAGAAUCCCUGCUGUGACGUCCCUCAGAACUAGUCAUUUAGUCUUAGCUUAAACACAUCUAGUAAUAAGGUACUCACUACUUCCUGAUUAUAGCCCAUUUCCCUUUUAGAUAGCUCUAAUUGUUAGGGAGGUUUUCUUUUUAUUGUACCAAGAUCUGCCUCCCUGUAUGGGAACUUUGGGAUUAUUGCUUCUUUGGCUGAGAGAAUCCCAGAUUUAAUUUAUCUGCAUCCCCUGCAUAAUAAUAUCAAGGGCAUUUUUCAAGAAACAAGAAAGCUGUUGUAGCAGUCACUAGCCAAAUAGGUUAUUUUCAUAGCUCAUGAAAUACUGCUUUAGUGUGGAUGUUUUAAUGUUUUUAUAGAUGCUAGAAGGCUAUAAGCCAAGGGGUCUUGACCCUAGGAACUCCCUUUGGGAAAUUUCCCCCAUUUGCUUAUCAGUUCCUAGUUCUGUUGUCCUGUUUUCAGAUUAAUUAACUGAAAUUGAUGAAAUCUUUAUCCCAGAAUUCUGUUAUCUGCUGGAAGAAUCACCACCCAUUUCUUUCUCCUUUUAAUUAAAAAAAUUUCCAUCUUCUGCUACCUUUUAGAUUAAUAGAUAGGAAAAAAAUCUUCCAUACCAGAGUCUUCUGCAAAAUUAUAUCGUGCUACUUCUGGGCUUUACCCUUGAUUACUUUACACAGUCUGUAUCAUCUGUAGCACCCUUGCUCAACAUAAUCAACAUAUGAUUACUAUGAACUGCCAACCACAAAGUUUUGGUUUCUUGCACUCUGAUCCUUCCCUGCUUCCUUUACAAAGGCCAAAUUUUCUCACAAAUCUGAGCUGAAAAUGGGAGAAACCUGUAGAAUCUAGGCUCUCCCUGUAGUCAAAUACAAAUAAGGACAUUUGAUUAUCUCAUUGAGUAAAAUUCUAGUUCAUUCCCCUUGUUUUACAAGCUCAGGGAGGGAGGGGAAGUGACAACUAAAUUCACACAAGAAUGUAAAGAGCAAAAUACUGGGUUUUUAGCCUCAGUCCUCUGAUUCUAAAUACAGUGCUUUUCCCAUAUACCAUGCUCCAUUUCUGUUACAUUGUACAUUCAGGCAACCCUAAACUAAACCCAGGUAUUUGAAGAGCUGACCACCUAGCUUACACUGCCACCACUUUUGUCCUGGAAGCCAUUGAGAAAUUACUUAAUGGCUUUUAAAGAAUAUGAAUUCAAAUAUGGAAAAAGAAAUAAACUAUGAGAAGCAGAAAUGGUUUAGAGUUGCUGAAACCAGGUAGUAUAUGGAAGAUCUGCAUAAGAUUUACCCUUGGACCUUAGGCCUUGCUAAGAUAUACUUAGCUACUUGGAUGAUUCUAGUUUUCUCAGAACUGAUCCAGAGAACUUUGACUCUGGGCUCUGUUUCUAAACCUUCUCUGAAGCCCAGUUCAAGGUUCUACCUACUUACCUCUCUUAAUUCUUGAGCCUGAUUUUGGUUCUCUGAUUUAGAAAAAUGACUAUACCUGAUAGUUCUUCUCCCCUCCCCCCCACUCCCUUCUCUCCCAUUUAUUUCAUGGUAUUUAGUUCAAACACCCUCUUGACUUUUUCCCUUCUUACCCCAGUUGCUACACAUUCCAAAUGCACAAUUCGGUUUGUUAGGCCUUAUUUAUGUGACAAGAAAAUAUUUAUCAUAUUCUAGGGAAAGGCAAUAUAAAAGGGCAUACAAAAGAAACCCAACUAAUUCCAUGCUAGAUAUCCUUUAAAUUUACUAAGCUAUUAUGAGAAUCAUUGAUUUCGAAAGAAUCUUGAGAGAUGAUAUAGUCCAAUCCAUACUUAAAAAAAGAAUCCCCACUACAACAUAUCUGACUGGUGGACAUCCAACUUCUGCUUGAAGACCUCCAAUGAGAAGGAACCUAUUACCCAAUCAGGUAGCCUGUUCUAUCUUGGGUAACGAAUUUUUAGGAAGCCUUCUCUUAUAGUAAACUUAAAUUACAGUUCCUAUGCAUUGCACCUAGUUCUGUUUCCUGAGGUAAAAAAGAACAUGUUUAAUCCUCUUUCCAUAUGAUAAUCUUUCAAGUACUUAAUAGCAUCUUGGGUUUGUCUAACCCCUUUAUUUUUUACAGAUGAGGAAACUGGGGCAUAGAGAGCUUAAAUGAUUUGCAUGGAGGUUAAGUAACUGGCUUGACCAAGAUCACUGAGCUAGUAAGUAUCUUAAGUCAGGAUUCAAAUCCAGAUCUUUCUGACCUUAAGUCUAGUCCCCAAACCUGUGCCAUGAUGCCUCUCUUGAAGGCAUCAUGUUCCUCUAUAGCUCUCUCUUCUUUAGGUUAAAUAGGCUUAGUUUCUUUAACCAGUUCUCUUCUGACCUAGAUGCAAGACUCUUUAUUUUUCUGUUCGUUGCCUUUUGAACACUUUCCAAGUUAUUGAUGACCUUCACACAGUGUAAUGCUCUAAAUUGCUCACAACACAGGAUUCCAGAUGUCGUCUGUCCAGGAUGAUACAGGAAACCAUAUAAAUCUGUAUAUGUAGGUCAACUAAAUAUAUUUUGUGGGCAACCCUGGGAAUCCACCUACCACUUGUUUCUUCUGGGAAAUAUAGUACGAGUUCCAAACAGUGAAGCUACAAACUAGCUUUUAGGACUGCCUUAUAUUACUUUUGCAUGAAAUGCUUAUUUUUUAUAAAUCAGAAAACAACAACAUUGGCCAUUAAUAAACAGGGAAAACAAAACACAAAUGAAUAUUUAACAGUGUUAUCCAAAAUAAUGAGUGGGUCAAAGGGAAAAUAGAAAUAAUAACUAGAAGAAAAUAUGUAACUGAGAUGUACCUAAAUAGUACUUAUAGGAAAAAUCAUCCCUUUGAGAAGAUACAUUGACAAAUAGAAAAACCGAAAGCUAGUAAAUCUUAACAUGCAAUUAGAAAAUCAAAAAGUAAACCCAAGGUAAGAAGAAAAGAUUUGAAAGUUAUAUGAGUAAUAGAUAAAUUAGAAAAAAAUGUUAAUUAUAGAAUUAAUUUUAAAAAAUAAAGCUAGUCUUUUAAAAGACUAAUGAAAUUUAUAAGCUCAUACCUACUUACCUAUAAGAAAUACAAAGAAUUAUCAGAACUCAAAUGGAAUGACCAUGAUCAGCAAGUUCCUGUAGUUUGUGGCUGAUUGUAUUAAAAUGUAGACUUUUCUUCCCCAUCCAGAUCAUGGUUACUUGCUAUUCUGUUGCUUUCAUUGGAGAACUCUACAAAAGUCUUCAGUUAAAAUAGCUUAGCCCUAAAAAUAGGAUUUUUUUUUUAUUCAUAAUGAUUUCAUUCAAACUUUUUUCCUUCCCCUAGAUGUUUUGACUAAAAUCAUAACUCAGCAGGAAUUUCUCCAGCCCUUAUUGUUUUAUACAAUUCUUCAAUGAAUUUCUGUCUUGUUUCUCUGUGUGCUAUCCUUUCAGGAGUGCAAAUUUCAACCCACCCCAUAAUGCUCAGUUUUUGUCUAUGUUGUUACAGAGAAUAUCCACUCAGUCUAUAGGAGGUCUUCCUCUAGUACGUCUUAAUAUUUUGUUUCUAUCACUGUAACAUCUAUUAUCCUAUUGUGUAGUUUUCUCACCUUCUUUUCUGAUUAGACAUUUCCUGGGGAAUAUCUUACACACAAAUUGUCCUUGAUGAUUGUUGCCAUCUAUUUCUCACCUACAUGCUCUUUUCUAUUAUCGUUUAGGUCUGUUAUCUUCAGGGUAUUCUUUAUGUCAGAAUAUUAGUAUUUUAUUGAAUUGGCUGAUUAGCUGCAUAUAGGUAAUCUUUUAGUAAAAUUACUCUCAUUUAUGGAUUCCUAAUAUCAUAUAAUAUGUCACAGUGCUUGACAUAUAGUAGGUAUUUAAUAAUGCUCAUUGAUUGGUUUCUGAAGUGUGAGAUUUCUCUGGCACUUCUUUGGAGGCCAAAAUUGGUUUAGUAACACAAUUCACACAAGAUUGCCCUACCUAGGGGUUGACUUUUGAUAGUUAUUUUAAAGUGCACUGAGCCUAAAAUAUUUGUAUCCAUGCCUCUGAAUACAGCACAUACUAGCCUCUUUGCAACAAACAGUUAAAUAUUUCACAGAAUGUCACAUCUAUACCAUUCCAUCCCCUUUUUGCAAGCAGACUGGUCUAUGUGAAGGUGUAAGGAAAGAAAGUAUGAAAUGUGGUUUCUGAGUAGCCUUCUAAGAGUUUUCCUUUCUUCCUUUCUAUGGGAUCUUUGCCAUUUCACAGUGAGGGCAAGAUUUUUCCAACUCUUUCUUCAACUUAUCUCAGGUUUGAGGGGAGAGAAAGAUAUGAUAUACACUCUCACUAUUUUAAGUGUAGUGGAAACCACUUUCUGACAGCAUUUAAGUGUCUUAGGGUUUCAAGAAUUAUAGGAAUAUGAAUUAGAUGGAAAGUUUGGAAAACUUCUCACUAAGCCUCUCUUAGCAAAAUACCUCUUCAGCUCCAUCUUAUGAACUUAAAACUUUCCCUCUAGUCAUGUUGCUUCCCUGUUUCUUUUGCUUUUACUAUUUCCAUAUAGACUUUCCUGGGGGAAUUAGCAAACUUAAUUAACUACUAUGCAUUUUAUGUAUACACAGAAGACAAAUGUGAUAACUCGGAAGAUACCAUACAUUUCAGGCACAUGGUUUUGGGAAGAGUGAUACACCAGAUGAUGACAUUUGUUCAGUUGGACUGGGUCCUGUCUAGUAGUGAACAAAGUCUGACACUGCUCUACUGUAGGAAAAAUAUUGAGGGAAAUCCCCAUGCCUUUUUGUCCCAGGAAUUGUUAUUAAAAAAAAAGAGGCAGAAGAGAGAGGUGAAGAUGCUGCAUGUAUAGGAAGAACCAGGAGUAGUCAGAGAAGAAAAGUCAUGCUGCAGAAACAGCUACUAUAGACGUGUUUAGAGGCCUUUUGCCCCAGCCCUUUAGUAGUGUACUUGAAAAAAAAAAUUAUAUCUAACCACUCCACUUGCUUGCGUAGGGCAAAGGUCUGAGGUCAAGCUUAGGACUCAUGCUUUCCGAUUUGACAUCUGCACAAUUCAGCCCAGUUCUGACUGGGCCCAUAUUCUUUCAUAAACCCAGGAAGAAAUGCCAGAACCCAGUUGCUCCACAGCAAGUUUGUUUCCUCUCCAUCAUCAGAAACAGGUUUGGAAGUGAGAGGGAAGCACUGCUCACAGAAGUACACAUUGCUGCCCACAAGUCUUAUGGACUUUGCUUUCAUGCUCCUGGAACUAGAGUGAGGUCGACUGUGUACCCUGUGCUCUGGCCCAAGCCUUAUAGUUUCACAUGUGUUAACAUAGCACAUAUAUUGGUCCCCUCCUGCUGGUCCACCUCUGACCCUAUUGUGUAGCCAACAUGCCAGGGGCUGGAUUGAAUCUCUGGCUGCUGUGGCUGAUGUAGAAGAACACAUGCCCUCUCUCCUGUGGAUAGCCCCUUCUUUGUCUUUGUUCCACUGCCUCAGUGGAAAAGCCUGCAGACACACUGCCAGUCAGCAGAGAUGCCUUCCUAACUUUCACCAAGAGCUGAAGUAGUUAAAAACCUUAUCUUGGAAAGAAAAUCCCAGCCUUCUCCUUAAAAGACCUGGAAAAAGGAACAAGUGACAGCUAAAAGGAGUACUCCUUCUGCUCUGGGACUGAUGACCUGGGUCUGUUAUAAAAGGCUUUAACUGUAAAAAUCUUUUUUUCUUUAUUUGAAAUUAUUCAUUUCUCACACACUGAAAAAAGCCAAAUGUCUUGUGCCUUUCUAUGGGAACACCGCAUCCCUAGUUGCAUAUUAAGAACUUACUGUGGAAAGCCUAGUCUUCACCCAGCCCUGCCCAGAAUCAUUAGUCCCUAUUGAAAAGAAGAAAGUUGUCAGGGAGGGGAGUGCUUAUAUAUAGCUGGAGAGAUGAUAGAGAUUGAAACUCUCUAAGUGGUAGCCUGUUGCCCUUUUGUCCCUGUCUCAGCAUUUCAUUGUAAGUGUCCUGUUGUGUUCCAGGAUCCCUGGGUUGUUGGUUCAAGUCAUUUAGUUACAAUGGAGGUGUUAGCCAGAGAAGAGAGACAGGUAGAAAUUUCAGUGUAGCCAUAAAGGUUAUCAGGUAUCCCCAUGUACAAUUACAAACCUUUCCUGACACCUUGGCCUUCUCCUGAGGUGAACGCUUUGAACUAAACACGAAGUAGUGGGUGCCUCCAGAGGGCUUUACUAUCCCCAGGGAGACAGCUCAAAGGCCACCACAAAUCAAUUCCUCUCCUUGCCCUUCAAAGAACCUCAGUGUUGCUGUCAUAAAAUUGGGGUUCAAGCAAAGAAAGUGGUUUUUCUUUACUUGAUGGUGUUUUAUCUGUCUUGUUCCCUUCAUUUUCUCCCUACUUGUAACUAACAAAAGGAUUGGGAGAUAGAAAGGUUAUUUUUUUUUCAUUCACUUAUUUCUCAUUUCAAAAUUCUUUUUAUGGGUGAGGCUGGGGAGAGGAAUCGGUAACUUUCUCUCUUCAGCAUGAAGAAUCCCAGUUUGUAUAUCAGUGUUUAAAAAAAAAAAACAGACAAGAUUUUCAUGGACUAUUUUAAAAAGUAUGUGUCCUUAAUAUAAAGUUUAUAUUAGCAGUAUUUAAUCACUUCUCACCUGUAAAGAAUAAGAGAAACAGAAGGUAAAUAUUCUUGCAGAGAAUAAUUAGCAGAGCUUUAAGAUUCAUUUUGGGUUAAAUCCACUGUUUGCCGAUGCAUUGUUAAUGUUUAGAGGUCUGUUAUACUAAUGUUAUUUAUUAAUUAUUUUUCAUUCCCAUACAUAGCCAACUAAAGAGCUUUUCCAUGCACCCUUGUCUGUCAAAAAAUUAUUUUUAAAUAAAGUUUCUUUUGUUGUAGCAGA